AUGGAUACCUCCUCGGCCCCUCUUGUUGACUAUGGCCUGCAAUACCAGUGGUGCUCUGACUCAGACCUCUCCAGCAUCUCCUCUCCAGAAUCUCUAUCUCCUGUUCACUCCGUGGACUCCAGGCUGUCUCCUUCCUAUCAGCAGCUACCGCAGUCCACUCCAAAGGCAGCUAAGACUGGAUAUUCCCAGAGCCUCAAGUCCUCACCCUGCUCCCUGCCUGGACGUGGCCGGAAGUCGGGCCGAGCCACUCGGAUCCGCAGCAAGCAGAGAGAGAGUGCCAGCGAGAAGGAGAAAUUGAGGAUGAGAGAUCUGACCAAGGCUCUGCAUCACCUCAGGUCCUACCUCCCACCCUCAGUGGCCCCUGCUGGACAGACUCUGACAAAGAUUGAGACUCUCCGCCUCACUAUUCGCUAUAUCUCCUACCUGUCUGCCCAGCUGGGAAUAAGUGAGGAGAUGCUGUUUCAGAGGAGAGAGCAAGGAGACACCUCAGCUAGUGACACCUCCUCACCUGACAUCCUCAGCUACUUUCAGCAUAGCUCCACGGGAGGUCAGGAGGCCCACCUGCAAAACCAGAACCUGAACCAGUCUUUGUAUCCGGUCCAGUGCCAAAGCCAGAACACCAUGCUGCACUAUGCACAAAACUGUAGUUUUGGAGCGGAUCAGUACAGUAGACAGCACAGUGAAGCUCCUCAGGAUACCAUCCUGCAGUUACCCCCAACAGCACAGCCCUCCUGUCAGAUGUGUGGCAAAGACUUCUGCACCCCACUAGUUCCAAGACAGUACUGGGGUUAA